UCAGUUCUUCUUAGAUAUAUUUCAAGAACAUUCGUAUCUUCUUCAUUUAAAAUCGAUAUAUCUUAGAGAAAAAUGAAAACGAUCGUGAUUAUUUCUGCUAUUUGCGUUUGCGUUGGUGCAUUGACACUUGAAGAAUUACAAAUUGGGCUACGUGCUGUGAUACCAGUUUGUAGGAUAGAUAGUGGCAUUGAUGAAAAAAAAGAAGAUGAUUUUCGUAACGGCAUCAUUGAUGUAGAAAAUGAGAAAGUUCAAUUGUUUUCUGAAUGUUUAAUAAAAAAAUUCAAUGCUUAUGACGAUGGUGGAAAUUUUAACGAAGUUGUGGUCAGAGAAAUAGCGGAAAUAUAUUUAGAUGAAAAUGAAGUUAAUAAAUUAAUCACCGAAUGUUCGGCUAUCUCUGAUGCUGACAUACAUUUGAAAUCUAGUAAAUUAAUAAAGUGUUUUGCAAAAUAUAAAACAUUGAAAGAAAUAAUGAAUGAGUAAAUAUUCAACUAUCAAAAAGAAAAAGGUUUAUUCAUAACAUGACUUUAUUCAUAACAUUUUUAUUUUAUACUUACUUUUUAUUUCAAUUAAAAAAUAUUUCAAAUAUUAUAUUAAUGUAUGAUUACUUAAUGUUUAAUUUUUUACAGAAUUGGCAUUAAUCCAUUAUAAAAUAAAUAUUUAAAAAUGUAUAAAUAAAUAAAUAAA